CGAUCAAGAGCGAAAAUCGAUCAACGGAGAGGCAGUGGGAAACGCGUGAGAGAGAGUUAGAGCGUGAAGCGUCGCAGCGCUUAAGUCUAGCAUAAGGGGACUUUAAGUCAGUCCAGCUUAAACCGUGCUCGCGAGUGGAAGUGAUUUGUAGUCGUGGAGUUUAGUCGGUGAUUUAGUUUGUAUGGCAACGGGACCGAUAUUGUUGACAUAUGUGUACGGGGCUACCUUACGACGUCCGGCCGGUUGUUGUUGAACAGCGUCAGCAUUGUUCGAUAUUUUGUAUAACUAUUACGAGUGGAGCAGACAGCAAGAAGACAACGAAGAAGAAGCGAGCUGAUAGUGUAUGGUCACUGGAGUGAUUAGUUAGUGGCCGAGUACAACUGUUGUAUUAUUGGAAACAGAACUUGGUCGUCUCGGUUCUGGCGGAUGAAUGGCGGCAUCGUUAUCAGCAGUUGGAGUUGUGAUUUUUUUGCGUAAAUAAGCAAGAAGGAAAAGUGGCAUGGCAGCACUAUUUUUGGAUUAAAACAGUGAGUGGUAUUGUAAUUGGUGGAAUGCCAUGUCUGUUUGAAGUGAAGCAAAGCAUAAUUGCUUGAUAAGUGAGACAAGCGAAGAGCCGUUGCCGGCCUUAAGAUUGGAAGAGUGAGUGGAAACAAAGUUUCGUUCAAGAAAGCAUUUCGUUGAGGCCAGCAAGAAAGUGAAUGAGAUAAUGCACCGGAAAUAAUUGGCCUGUGAAAAUAAAAAUUGGUGUUCCCCAGAAGAGAUCUGAGAAAAGUCGCGAAAAACGGUCUUCUUUGACAGUCGAAGAGCGAGAGUGCAAUCAAAGCGUAAAUUGAGCGAAACCAAACAGCAACCGACAACUGAAAGCAAAACAAAGUGAAACAAGUUGGGCAUUUUUUGUUUCGGAACGAGCAGUACGGUGUCUUAUGAAAAGUGGACCUCAGCGGUCUGACGGAAAAUGAUUUAAUGAACAAAUUGAUUGCUGAUUGCCGACGAAGCAUCGAACAAUCAUAACAAAGGGACACAACGGAGCGGUGGAUAGAGCUGCCUUUUGGAUAUAAUACAUCAGAAAUCUAAGUCGAUUGACGGACAGCACACAAAGAUGCUGAAACACGUGCAGAUCUCGCCGAUGCGCAGCCGGUCCGAUUCGCUCUCGAUGCGGUCGUCGACCUCGUGCGCCUCGUCCCUGUGCGGAAGUCCUGAACCACCGAACGAUCAGCUGCGGAGCCACUCGCGGGCGUCCAGCUAUUCCAGCCUGAAUGAGACCAUUCCACAGACCACCAUCAAAAUCUACACGGCAUGCCUCCGCCAGGACAUCGAAUACAAAACGCUCGGCAUUUCGUACGACGCCACCAGCAAAAGUGUCGUUCAGCAGCUGCUCCGGAGAUGCAAAAUGCGACAUCGUGAUCCGCGGCUGUUUUACCUGACGAUGGAAGUGACCGUGAGGAGGCCUGGCGUCAAAUCGCUACUGGAGCUGGACGAUGAGGCGAGGCCGGCCCUGUUGCAAGCGUGCCACCCGAAGGGGGACUCCAGAUUUUGUCUCCAACAAAAACCUGGCGGUCUGAUUCGAGUACACACCUCGGCCCUGCAGCCCAACUCGCAAUACAAAUCGCUCCUCAUCUCGGAAGAAACCACCUCAGACGAACUGCUCUCACUACUCCUCUCUUGCUACAACUCCAUCGAACCGGUCGAACAGUUCAGUCUUUACGAAGUCUGCCCCGGUCAAGAAUAUCAACGAAAACUACACCCGGACGACCUUCCGCUAAAAACCCAACUCCAACGCCAACAGAAAAACGAGAUCAUGCACUUUUUGGUCCGCCGAAACCCGAACUAUCCCCGAAGACGUCAGAUGCUUGCACCAAUCUCUGAAGCCAAACACUUCAUAAUCGGUCCCGGCUCGUUAACACAUCAUAGGCUCUCGCUACACUCAACGACCUUCCCGCUCAGUGCCGUAACCACCCCAACCAAUACCCUCAUCUCGGACAUUGUCGAUGGAGUUUCAUCCCUAAACAACCUGAAAGAACCCAAGAGUCUGACACUGCGGGAGUCCUGCAUGUCUUCGUCGUCAUCAUCCUGCUCCUCAUCGUCAUCAUCUUCGUCCUGCUCAUCGAGUUCCAGCAGUUCGAGUCGGACCAGCGAAGACAACAACAACGACGAGCGGAGUUGUUGUCUCCAAUGCAAAACCGAUGAAACCGUAGAUCAGGACUGCAACGAGCGAAGACCGGUGGACGUAGUGGACGGUCCCGCUGUCAAAGCUCGCAACUUGGACCGUUGUCAACAGGCACCUCCCCGACCAUCCAAAGCAUCCCUCCUACCGUCCUCGCUCCUGAUAGCCCCAAGCGUGCCUUCGUACAACCCCGUCUACAACAUCCGGGAGAUUCGAACCGUGUGUAAUUCGUUUUCGUCGCUCGGUAUCGACAAGAAACUGGUGGACAUCGAAAGGAUCGACAAUCGGACGAGCAGUGCCAGCAUAACGGGUAACGUGACCCGGAGUACGGUGGUCAAGGAAGCCGUCAAUACCGAUCCAAUGAAGGGGGUGGGGAAUUUCAUUUACAUUUGAGCGGACGUGUGCGUGGGUUGGCUGACACCGAACUACGAUCGAAUUAGAAGCCAUCUAUGCGAGGUACUAGUAGAACCACGCAAAUGGUAUCGAAACGGCACCGAAGACGACAUUUCUGCGAAUAUAUUUUGUUUCGUCCACUAGUCACAGUUAAUAAUGUUAUUAAAUCGAUUUUAUUUGAUGUUUUUUUUCCUUGCUGCUUUUCAAUUAUAGCGAUCGAUCAAAGAGUGGUAGUUUUCCGCAAACAAGAAUUUCUGUAGCAAUAUUUAUACGCAGUGCGUGACAUAUUCCCUCCUAGGUAUGAGUUGUUUCGGUGAGAAUCUCGUUUAAAUUAUUGAAAAAUUACAUGGAAUAGAUGAAUAAUAAGUUCAAUCGAUUAAAUGUCAAAUGAUAUUAAAAUGGUAACAGAAAAUUAAUUGAAUAUCAUUUUCAAUUUUCUAACGUUCGUCCUUUGCCUUGAGUGCUUGAAGAAGCAGAAAAAAUAAGUCAUAAAAGAGUACACGUCAACUAAAUGAGAUUGAUUUGCACGACUUGAAUAUUUAAACGGGGUCAUACCAAACAACCUGAUACUCAAUCAAAGCUGAUCCAAAAACGAGCAUCCCAACCAAGUGUAAAAUAAACAGAACAAAGCGAGUAAUUGAAGCCAAAAAAACCGAAUCAGAAAACUUCUCAGACAAUCGACAAAGCAGAUGUUUUAUUAUUAUUCCAAUCAGUGUUUUUGCAUCCACCUUUCCCCUCUCAUAAAUCUAGAUAUAUAAAUCACGGCGAACGUGAAAUGAUUGUGCGAUAAGGCAAACCGAAUCCUGUAAAGUAAUUUAAGCUCUAGUUAAAGUCUAAAUUUGGAAACAAGCGCGCUCCAUGCCAAAGAAUCGUAAAGUAGCUUAUAAGGACCCUUCUCCGGCAACCGAAUUGAACUAUAUUCCCCCCAUUUUCCCCAUCCUCCCCAUUGUUAUUCUUAAGGCUAUGAUGUUCACGUAUAUCAACGAACGAAUCGCAUGCAUCAGUUGUACCAAAAAAUCAUAUUUACAGACUUCGCUUGCAUCCCAACAUAGAAAAGAAGAAAAAAAGAUAGUCAAUCGAACCGCACACAGUUAUUAUUAUUCCCAAGUAGUCAGUUCCAUUCAUAAAUCGAAUUACUAGUACUUUAUAAUACAGAAACGACACGGUGGUGAAGACACCGAACCGAACUGCUAUGCUAUUCAACCCUCCUGGAUGGAUGUGACUCUCGUAACGAGCACGUCCAACAAUGCAAGUUCCCACUCAAGACACGAGUAGCUAGCCAAAUAACCCGACCAUGAAACAUGAUAACUUUUAUUUCCAUCGAAGGAAUAAGGGUCGCAUACUGUAUAUCUAUCUAUCUCUCUCUAUUUGUAUCCAUUAUUAUCGAGAAAUAUAGGAAAAAGUGAUUGAGUGAAAAUUUAA